AUGGCGACGGGGAAUCGAGUUUCGGAAAAUUACGUGACGCUGUCGCCAGUGGUGAAGACUCCAAUCGGCGACACUUUUUCGGUGCCUCUCUCUCAUCAAGGUGGGACGAGCUACUGAAAAAAGACUUCAGAAGCCUGAAAAUAGGCUAAGUCCGAAAGGGUCGAAAAGGCUCCAUAGGAAUGUUCCCUGCCUCUUUGCGCUAUUAAAUCGGCUCAUGUGCACCUUUUUACUGCCUCUCCCUUUUUCCACCGUUUCUCGAGCCGAGACGGGAUUUUUCUGAGCUCAAGACGAAAAAACUUUUCAGAAAAUCUCGAAACUAGUUCCAGACAUUCUUAUAAAGAUUUUUCAGAUACUUUAAAUAGACCAAAAAGCAAAAAAACUGAGGGCAAACUUUUUUUGAGAAACAGAGCAAAAAAAUUCAAUGAAAAAAAUGAGCUUUAUAAUAAAUUGGAUUUUUUUGUACGAUAUUGAAAGUUUGAAAAAAAAUUUCCAUAAAAAAGUUUUCCAAUCCCACGAGAUACUUGAGAAAAGACAUUUACACCAGGCCGGAACGUCAUAGAUUACGCCAUAUUCAUAUAUUUUCUGCGUACAUUUCAACUUUUAUUAUCUCGAAAUUUCUCGAAACGAGACCUGACUGUCAAUUUUUGACCGCGACGAAAUCGAGUCUCCUGCAUCCCUGAUGCGGACCCUAUGUGAACCUAGGCAAAGUCGGAAAGGGUGGAAAAAGGUUUCAUUGAAAUGUUCCUUUUAGGGUGAAAAAGGCUCCUUUUUGCUGCCUUUUUGCGCCAUUUCAUCUGCUCUUAUGCACCUGCUGCCUCUCCCUUUUUCCACCAUUUCUUGAGCCUUUAAAAUCCCAGAAAAAAGGGAAGGCUCGAUAAAGGGACUCUUUUUGCUGCUUGUCUGCGGCCUUUUUUGACUUUUCCCUUUAAGUGGCCGUUAUCCACCAUAAUAUUCACAAAAGAUUCUUUUCAGGAAGACCAUGUGGAUUUUUCGAAUCUCAAUUUUUCCGCUGCAUGGAAGCAUACGGCGCAAAACUGGGCCGCAAAUACUGCGACCUGGAGCAUCGUGACUACCAAGAAUGUCUCACUGGCGACAAACAGAAGAAGGUCAGAUAAACUGAAGGGUUCAUUCAAGCUUUCUGCAUAUUAACUUUUAAUAUCUCGUGUAUAUGUCUUUUGAUUUUGAUACCAAGCAGCGUUUAAAAUUUUCAAACACCUUUUGACGUUUGGAGCCCAAAAGUUUAUUUUAUGAAAAGAGGGACUUCAUAUAUGUCUGGAAAGAAAGGAAAUCGAAUCUAAAACGGCAAAAUCUCUACAGCGCCCGAAAGUUUUAUGAUAGUACUUUUUUUUCACUUCACAUGAGAAAACCUUGUUCAUUUCUGAAAAGAGAGAUACGACUGUAGAAAUCAGUUAUUUUGGUUCAUCAACUAUUAUUCUUUAUUAAGCGCGCGGACGCGAUCGCCUGUCAACGUCGCAAACUUUAUAUGGAGGGCAAAAUCGACGCUCCUUUUGUCGAGAAUCAUCCGGAACCCGGACAGCACAAGCCGGACUACUUCCAAUGGAACCGAUCCAACUAG